AUGGUAUCUGUGAUACCAGAUAAUUUUACCUGGGUUGAACCUGGGGUGCUGGCCGGAAUGGCCUUUCCUAAACAUCGUGCCAACCUUCAGUACCUAGUGGACCAUGGAAUCAGACACCUGGUCUCUAUUGAGGCUCCAGAAAAACUUCCUGGCAUUGAAGAUUUCCCCCAGCUCACCUCACACCCCAUAGUGGUGACGGACUGGGCUACCCCCACAGAUGCUCAAAUCAACAAGUUUCUGGGGAUUGUCCAGGAAGCUAAAUCCAGAAACGAGCCCGUGGGGGUUCACUGCACAGCAGGCAUGGGGAGAACUGGGACUUUCCUGGCCUGCUAUCUGGCCAGGACAAAGAAUCUGCAUGGGGACGAUGCCAUUGAACUGCUGCGGCAAACAAGAAAAGGUUCUGUGGAAACAGAUGGGCAGAGGGCACUUGUGAGGAAGUACGGCCGCCAAUGA